AUGGCUUCCGACAUCCCCUCGUGCGGUGGCUCAAAUGCCGGACAGCUAAAGGAAAACACUAUCAUCGUCGUCUUAGGGGCCAGCGGUGAUCUCGCAAAGAAAAAGACCUUCCCAGCUCUUUUCGGAUUAUAUUUCAAUGGAUUUUUGCCCGCAGGUACACGAAUAAUUGGCUAUGCAAGAACAAAGAUGGAGCAAGAGGAGUUUCACAAACGAGUAUCUCAAUGUAUCAAAGCACCCAUACCGGCGAUGAAGAAGAAAUUAGAGGAAUAUCUAGGGAUCUGCAGUUACGUUGACGGUCAAUAUAACGAAGAUGCCAGCUUCCAAAAGCUAGAGGAGGUCAUUAAGGAAAAGGAGAAGGAUUUCAAAGGCUCCGAUCGUCACAGAAUCUUCUAUAUGGCCUUGCCCCCGAGUGUUUUCAUCGACGUUGCGAACGGUUUGAAGAAGAAUAACUACUCGCCCAAUGGAUUCAAUCGGAUUGUCGUCGAGAAACCUUUUGGUAUGGAUCUUCCAACCAGUCGUCAGCUGAUGGGCAACCUAAAGGCAUUGUGGAAGGAAGAAGAGACUUUCCGGAUCGAUCAUUACCUCGGUAAAGAAAUGGUCAAGAACCUGUUGGUGCUGCGAUUUGGAAAUGUCAUACUAGACGCUUCUUUCAACAAGAACUUGAUAUCGAACGUCCAAAUCACAUUCAAAGAACCUUUUGGAACGGAAGGGCGAGGUGGCUACUUUGAUGAGUUUGGAAUCAUUCGAGACGUGAUGCAAAAUCAUCUGCUUCAAGUCCUAUCUCUGUUGACGAUGGAGAGACCUGUCUCAUUCUCUGCGGAGGAUAUCAGAGAUGAAAAAGUCAAGAUUUUAAGAUUUAUUCCCCCUAUUCAGCGAGAACAUUCUCUGCUUGGGCAGUACACCGGGGCGGACGGCAAGCCAGGUUACUUGGAUGAUGAUACUGUGCCUAAAGGUUCUAUCUGCCCCACAUUUGCGGCACUAGUUCUAUACAUCAACUCUCCCCGGUGGGAGGGUGUGCCGUUUGUUCUAAGGGCUGGAAAGGCUCUUAACGAACAAAAAACAGAGAUUCGCAUUCAGUACAAGGACGUCACCCAAGGUAUCUUUAAAGAUAUUGCUAGAAAUGAGCUUGUAAUCCGAGUUCAGCCGGGAGAAGCCGUGUACCUGAAGAUGAAUGCCAAAGCGCCAGGAUUGGCCAUGAAAUCAGUCUCAACAGAAAUGGAUUUGACCUACAAAAGACGGUUUAGCGACUUGAAGAUUCCUGAGGCCUACGAAGCCCUGAUCUUGGACGCUAUCAAAGGAGAUCGAUCAAACUUCGUUCGAGACGAUGAGCUAGAAAUUGCAUGGAAAAUUUUCACGCCGUUACUACACUACAUCGAUCAGGAAAAACCAAAGCCGGAACCGUACGCAUAUGGCUCGCGAGGUCCAGAGGGCUUAGAUGACUUUAUCACCAAACAUGCUGGAUACCAAAGAUUUACACAGGGAUAUAAAUGGCCUGUACAAUCAGUUCUAUAUUAG